AUGUUAGAGAAAAAAGACAAGCCUGUUGUUGCUGGCAGGAAUACUGACGAAUGGAAAAAUAUGUUUGGCAAUUUUCAUCUUGGUUGGGCAAGGCGUCUGCUUUAUCCGAUCAAAACAAUUUACAAGAUCUAUCUAUCUAUCUAUCUAUCUAUCUAUCUAUCUAUCUAUCUAUCUAUCUAUUUGCAUAUACAAUUUUUCAAACGUCAUUCAUCUUUUUAUACUCUUCCUCCCACCUUCGUGUUAUUCUACUCUUCUUCUUCUUCUUCUUCUUCUUCUUCUUCUUCUUCUUCUUCUUCUUCUUCUUCUUCUUCUUCCAUCCCCCUCUUCCUCCUCAAUUGUUUCUUCGUUUUCUAUUCUCUCCAAUUUCUUUUUUUUUUUCGUUUUCUAUUCUCACCAAUUCUUUUUCACGGCUGUUUUCGUUUUCUUUUCUCCCCAAAUUCUUUAAAUUUUUUUCGUCGUUUUCUACUUUUCCUAAUUCUUCUACUUCACAGCAUUUUUUUUUUCUUAUCUUCCAAAUUUCUUCUUCUUUGCUUUCUUUUCUUCUCAGUUCUUCUCUUUUAUUUACCGUCUCUAUUUUUCACCAUCCUUUUCCAAAUCCAUUUCGGAUCGCUUAAUGCCUGUCUUUUUUUCUCUCUAGUUUUUCUUAUUGCGUUAUUACGGUCUCCUAUUUUUCUUUUCUUUUCUUUUUCUUUCUCCUAUUUUCCCUUUCUAUUUCUUCUUUUUACUCUUCUAAUUAUUAUUUUAUUACUUAUUUUACUCUUCCUUGUUUUAUUUUCUCAUUUUUUUCAUUUUCGUUUCCUUUUUUUCCUUCCCACAUCUUUUUCUGGAAUUUUCAAAACCAUUUCUAUUUUUUCUUUAUUAAUCUCGAAUUUCUUUCUUUUUUUCUUUCUUUCUGACUCCUUUCAUUUAAAUAAUUUCUUUCUUUCUUUCUUUCUUUCUUUCUUUCUUUCUUUCUUUCAAUUCGCAUCGUUUUCUUCCACCAAUGUCUUUCUUUCUUUCUUUCUUUCUUUCUUUCUUUCUUUCUUUCUUUCUUUCUUUCAAUUCGGAUCGUUUCCUUCCACCAAUGUCUUUCUUUCUUUCUUUCUUUCUUUCAAUUCGGAUCGUUUCCUUCCACCAAUGCCUUUCUUUCUUUCUUUCUUUCUUUCUUUCUUUCUUUCUUUCUUUCUUUCUUUCUUUCUUUCUUUCUCAUUUCAUUUCAAUAAUUUCUUUCUUUCUUUCUUUCUUUCUUUCUUUCUUUCUUUCUUUCUUUCUCAUUUCAUUUCAAUAAUUUCUUUCUUUCUUUCUUUCUUUCUCAUUUCAUUUCAAUAA